AUGAGUAUUCCACUGACUCCAAGCAAGGUGUGCUGCACUGACAGAGAGGACAACAGCAAUGCUGAAAAAAAUGAUAAUGAAAGUGUGGCCAGUUUAGGUGAUACAAAUGCCAAUCAAAUUUUCACAACAGAGACAUAUGGUGACAAAGAUGAAAUCAGCAGGGUGGACAAAACAGUCAGGCUUGGUACUUGGCAGUCAGAAAACUUCACGCAGUUGACCAAGGAACCCAAUAGUCUGGUUGAAGGGAGCAAUGACUACCCAACAAGUGAACAAAUAUUAAGUGAUCAAAAGUUGCAGGCACCAACAAAUCAAGAAAUAAGCAAAGAAUAUAUGACUGAUAAUGCUAAGGACAGUUUAAAAAUCUUUAAUAUUCAAGGACAAUCUCUAAAUUUAAAAGUCAGCUUCUAUGAUAGAAGUUCCCAAAUUCCAAUCAGCAAAACAAAUGAAUCUUCUAUAGGUGUUUAUAGUAAUACUUUUGGAAACGUAACCCAGGGUGAACGUUCUAAGGUAAAAUCAGGUAUUCCCUCACCUAAAUUAGAGCCUUUUCUAAAAGAACAUAUCUCACCUACUUCACCCUCUAGAUACUCGCAAUACUUUGAUACUUCGAGUUGUGGUAUUAGGACAACAGACAUAUCUGCUUCGACUGACCAUUUUUUGAAAAUAUCCUCUCAUAUUCUCAGUAAUACCUCAGAAGAGAAGAAGAUUGUAAUUUAUUCUAAAACACCUACCUCAAGCAUUACUGUCCCCGACUCGUCAAUGAUUGAUGGAACCGUAACCCAUGUUAACAAGCAAAGCACAUUGACACAUCCUACUCAUGCAGAUGACCACUUUCGUUUAACCUACAAACCUCAGGUAUUUUGUAACGUACCAGAAGCACAACUAUAUCAGGGUCCAACCAACAAACCAUCAGAACUACCAGACUCAAAAAGUUUGCAGUCAAAGCUGCCUUCCCCACACAGAUUAGAACAGAUAUCCCUGGGAGAGGCAGCUGUAUCAAAAAGAGUGGACAGCAUGUUUGAAAGCAGAAGAUCGCCUCUGUCUUCUCCAUGUGGUCAGGGAGCUGUUCCUCAUACAAGCAAAAUGGUUAAGCCGCCAGGGACAUUUCUAUCAACUAGCCCUUCCAAUACAAGGCAACACGAUUUUCAGGCUGAUAUACCGUUUAGUGAAACAAAAGUGCCAUUCUCUCAGGUCUGUAAUAUUCAAACUGGCCAUGUUCAAGUACCGGAGUCCUUAAGAAACAAAGAGUUGAGCAGCAAGCCCGUGAUCAGAAAAACAACAUCACUCACAGAUUCUCUGGAUAAUAAGAUCAGCAUGAAUAAAGACAGGCAUUCUGCACAAGAUUAUCUCUGUCAGGACAGUGACAAUUUUCUUUCAAGCAGCAACGUGAUGACUUUGAAGGAUAAAAUUGCUGUGGUUGACAGUAAAAAGGCUUCCCUUGGACGAAAACAUCAGUCAGAUGUUUUAAAAGGCAGUCUAAAAGAUAGUCACAGGGACCCAACUGAUUUUGUUUCAUGUACUCCUUCUCCUUCUUGCCCAGUGGCGGCUGUUAAUAUUAAUGAUCAGCGCGUUGCCUCACCGAGCAGCUUUAAGGAUCCUAGCACAGCUCAUGUUGACAGAUUGUCACCUUCCCCAGUGCUACCUCCUAUUGAGAGUACACAGUUGUUCAACAUAUCCCCUAAAGCUACGAACAAGACUGUUUGUAACAGUGGAAUACCGAAACCCAUACUGGUACUUUCCAAACCUUCCAUUAUCAGCCAGGCAGAAACAGAAAUAAAUUAUAAUAUAAAGCCAGAGGAAACAAUUGAACAAACGCUAAUUUUUCCGAAACCUAAAAAUGUACGCCCUAAAAUCAUCACAUAUAUCAGAAGGAACCCACAAGCAGUUGAUAGACUGCCAUUUGGACAGAUGAACAUGCCAUAUGGACCUCCAGUAUGUAGUGUUCCAAUACCAAAGGAGCAUGAUAUCCUGAGUAGUGAUGUUAAACCCACCAAUGUGUUGCUGGAUAAAUACAAAACCGAUGUACACAAACCACGAAUAUACAGCACUGGUUUGAUGGUUUCUGGCAUAAGACCUCCUGGGCAUCAUUCUCUAGAAGAGACAGGUGACAGACAGAGAAAGGAUGACUUCCGCUCUUCCACGUUUACGCAUUACGAGGUGCCACCCAGCUUCUACAGAUCCACCAUGAUUCUGAAGCCACAGCUUGGACUAGGUGCCAUGUCUAGACUCCCAUCAGUAAAGAGCAGAAUACUGAUUGCAAGUCAACGGUCCUCAAGUGGCUCUAUACCUCAUCAAGAACUGGUGACAGCAGCUGCAACCAGCAGCAACCAAGAGGCAACAGAGGAACUUAAAAAAGGUUCUAUCACAAAUGGAGCAAAGUCAAGUCUCCCAAAGCCUUGCCAGACUGCCCUCCGUCCACCCAGCUACUCCAGACUGCCAGCAGCUAAACUCGCAGCCUUUGGAUUUGUACGGAGUUCCAGUGUGUCAUCACUGUCCAGCAAUCAGUCCACCGAGAGCAUCCAAGGUGAUCAGAGCAGAGCACCUAACACAGGUAUGAGCUUUGUGCAUGAAGACCAGCCUGCUCAAAAUACAGUCUUGCCUUUAAAGGAGAUUCCCAAGGGGACAAAUAGGACAAUCUUGGAAGUGUGUAACAACACAAACGCUCCCCGCAGGAGUUUACUUCCAGCAAAGAAAACAACCACAUCACCUGCUGGAUUAAAAAAGGAAACACAAAAAGACCAAGAAGUGGUCAAGCCGACUAUAUCAUCCCCAAAGAAACAAGUGACAAAGCUGCAUUCACCAGGACACCCCAAGCUGAAGCCAAGCAUUGUGAAGAACGGUUAUCCUGCCAAGUCUGAGGCACCCAUCAGAGAUCCAGAACGCCACUGUGCACACAGGCUGAAGGAGAAAUGUGAGGAGAAGACUAAGGAACUUCUGUUUAUACGAGAAGAGUUUAAAAAAGCAAGCUGCGCAUUUGUGGUAUUUGCAGUGACAACACAAUAUUUCUUUAGUAAGAGUGAAACUAGUCUUAUGAAAGAGCGAGAGCUGCAGCUGGAACUUGCUACAAUCAGAGAUGAAGUGGCUUUUAACACAGCAAAAUGUGAGAAACUACAAAAAGAGAAGGAGGAGCUGGAAAUUAAAUUUGACAAUGAAGUGAGGAAGCUUGAAAGGUAUCAGCAGGAAGAACUCCAGGCAUUGAAGGAGCGUCUACAGCUGCAGUGUGAUGAUGAGAUGGAACGACUACGAGCUGAGCAGAGUACCCAGCUACAGAGGAUCUUAUUCCAACACAAGGGACAAAUUGAAGACAUGUCUGCAAUCCAUGAAGCUUCUCUGCUGGAGAUAAAAUAUUGCCAUUCAGCCUCUGUGAGCGGAAUCCAUGAAGAUCAUGAGAAGAGUGUUCAUGAGUUGAAAGAAAAUCAUGAGCUGGAGAAGAAAAUGCUAGAAGAUGGUUUUGAAAUAUUGCGACUAUCAUUACAGGAUCAGGUUGAUACUUUGACGUUCCAGAAUCAUUCAUUAAGAGACCGGGCAAAGAUGUUUGAGGAAGCAUUAAUGAAGAGCACUAAGGAACAGCUAGAGAUUGCUCUUGCUCCAUAUAAACACUUAGAUGAAGACCUUGCCAGUGUGAAACAAGUAUUAGAAAUGAAGAAUCAGUUAAUCCAUCAGCAGGAAAAGAGGAUCAUGGAGCUGGAAAAACUGGCUGAAAUAAAUGUUAUCUUGGAGGAAAGGAUCCAGGUUCUCCAACAGCAGAAUGAAGAUAUGAGGGUCAGGAUACACCAGAACGUUGCAGUCACCAGGCAACUGUCAGUGGAAAAUGCCAACCUGCAUGAAAGCGUGGAGAAAGAGAGCAAGGAGAAGAAGAGGCUAAGUCGUACCAAUGAGGAACUGGUUUGGAAGCUCCAGAGUGCUGAGUCCAUGAGCCCCAUCAAACAUCCGUCAUCACCUAUAAACCAUUCAUCUUCUUCCAGUUCUUUAUCACCCUCUAAAAUCAGCUCCGCUCAGAGAUGACACAAUGACAUUUAAUACGUGACAAGCUUUACAUCCUGAUGUCCUAAUGCUCUUGCAGUAAGUGGAGUCCUGUGACUGCAAGCGGAAACCAGUGUACCUUCCCAAUACACUGGA